ACAAACGUGCUUCUUUCCAUUGUGUUGCGCUCAGAAGUGCGUCAUUUAACAAUCCGUAUUGUUAUUGACUUCGCCACUGAAAUGUCGAAUAAACGAGACCUACCUUCUGAGAUCAAGUGGGAGGACAGAGAUGUCCAGAGCAACUAUCAUAUAUGUCCAGGGUAUCACGGUGAAGUUGUCGUCCCGGACUCCCAUUAUUUACUCGAUGCCUCGCAGAAGAGAGCAGAUCGUUUGAUGAAGAACAGGAAAGCUGUUCAAGAGUUUCGGCAACGGAAGAAAAGGUACAUUGAAACCCUCGAAUCUCGUGCUGCCAAGCUCCAAAAGGAGAACGAGGCUUUGGUGGAGGAGCUUGAAGCCUUGAAGAGCAAACAUGGAUUUAAAUUAAACAUUUGAAAAGUCUUUUGUUGGAAAACGUGUCCAAUUUUGUUGAAUAAUAAACACAAAUGCAUGUAGUUGGUUGAGUACAGAGGUAGUAAGCCAGAUUAUUGAGUCCAGACUGUGGGAGAAAGAUUCACAUUUAUCAUAAAUAGAUAAAGCAUCGUAGGUUAAAAAAGUAAUACAAGAGACAGAAACAAGGUGCAAGAAAAUG